AUGCCGCUAGAGCAUACACCGGCGAAGGGCGAGAAGCCGAAGGCCAAGGACAUUAAAACGUUGGUGUCCUUGAGGGGCCAAGCGAAGGCCCAAAUUACAAGGAUCAGGAAAGCUCUGGAUGAAGUCGCCGGAGCUGGAUCCGAAACACCCAGCAUGGCCAUGCUUGCGGUGUAUUCGAAGAAGCUGGAUCACUUUUACAGCGAAUACUGCAGCCACCAUGAGAACAUCAUUGCGCUUACGCAGGAAGAUCGGAUGGAGGAGCAGAUGGAGUCCUACGAUGCGUUCGAAGCACAGCACACUGAAACUUGCGUGCUGUUGGAAGCCAUCAUGCAGUCUAUCACUGCUCCCAGUAACACGCUGGUAAAUGUGAUGCCACAACCACAACCGGAUCCUCCAAGGAUCAUUGUCCAGCAGCAACCGUUGAAGGCACCAAUCCCUUCCUUCGACGGAAAACCCGAAAACUGGCCACGCUUCAAAGCCAUGUUUUUGGACAUCAUGAGGACGUCAGCCGAUUCAGACGCUAUUAAGCUCUAUCAUUUGGAUAGGGCUCUGGUCGGCAGAGCUGCUGGAGUGAUUGACACCCGAACGCUGAGCCAGAAUAAUUACGCGCACGCGUGGAAAAUUCUGGAAGAACGCUAUGAAGACAAACGUGUGAUCGUGGACAUCCAUAUCAACGGUUUGCUGGGUCUGAAGAAGAUGAGUCGAGAGAACGCCAAGGAGCUGAGAGAGCUCGUCGACGAGGUCACCCAGCACGUCGAUGGGUUGAGCCUCAUGAAGGAAGACAUGUUAGGUUUUUCUGAACGGUUCGUCGUCAACCUAUUAGCGGCUGCUCUUGACAAGGACACCCGACUUCAGUGGGAGGCUUCCAUUCCCCACAAGCAAUUGCCUACAUACAAAGACACGGUCGAGUUCCUGAGGAAACGGUGCGCAGUUUUGGAACGUUGGGAAGAAUCGUUACACAAGCCAGCAUCUACAGUGAAAACAUCGUUGCCGAUGAGGGGCCCCGGACAACAACCGAAGAAUGUAUCGAAGGCCUGUGCUAUCACCACCAAGGAACAUACAUGCGAGCUCUGCGGAUCCGGAAUCCAUCCAGUAUUCAAGUGCGACGCCUUCCGGGAGAUGACCAUCGCUCAACGCCAAGCCAAGGUAAGACAUAUCAAAGCUUGUUUCAAUUGUCUUAGGGUGGGCCACCAGAGUAGUGCGUGUUCUUCGGCGUAUACGUGUUCCAAGUGCCAAGCUAAACAUCACACUUUGCUUCACUCUGAUAAGGUUUUGUCUCAGUCCGCCUCGAAAACGGUAUCGCAGUCCUCCUCUCAAUCUCAGUCUGAAUCGUCAUCCACUGCGAAAUCCAUCAUCCCACAGGUAAAAAACCAAUCUCUUUUCGAUGAGUCGCAAUCUCAUGCAGUUUCAUGUUCAACUAGACAAAUUCCUCGUUUGUGCAACAGCUUGCUGAUGACAGCGCGGGUACAAGUGAAAGAUGUGAAUGGAAAUUUGAAGUCUUGCCGUGCCUUUUUGGAUUGUGGAUCUCAAGCGCACCUUGUGUCGAAUCGUCUGGUUGAAUUAUUGAAUCUACCUCGUUUUUCUACCAAAGUGGACGUGGUUGGAGCUAAUGGCCAGCAGUCUACUAUUUCGGAAAUGGUCACUCUCGAAAUGCGUUCAUGUUAUGCUGAUUUCCUGGGACAGUUACAAUGCCUGAUUGCAGGAAAAGUUGCUGGGUCCAUGCCAUCUGUACCGAUUGAUAUCAAGCAGUGGAAAAUCCCUCCUGGCCUAUCACUAGCAGACCCGGAGUUCCACAUACCUGGAGAAAUUGAUUUGCUGAUAGGAAUCCAACUCUUCUUCAAGCUAUUGAUGCCAGGUCAAUACAAGAUAGCCGAUAAUUUCCCUGUUCUACAAGAGACGCGUCUAGGAUGGGUUGUCGCCGGGUCCGUUGAAGACAUCAACCCCACACAUACACAACAUUGUUACGCUGUAGGUCUGCAAGGUCUUACUAACACUAUGGAAAAGUUUUGGGCCCUUGAAUCGGUGGAGUCUUGCAAUCCACUCACCAAUGAGGAACAGCUAUGUGAAGAAAGGUUCUCUUCUACUACGCGUCGCGAUAUAAGCGGCCGUUAUGUCGUUCAAUUACCCUUGAAGAAUAUGGUAUUUGAAAUGGAAAGCAAUCGUUCCAUCGCCCUACGUCGUUUUCUGAUGCUGGAACAGCGGUUCCGAAAGGACCCAGAAUUGAAAAGGCUUUAUGUAGAGUUCAUUAAUGAAUACAAGACACUCAAUCAUUGCGAACAGAUUGACGAAUCCAGUGACCCUCCCAAUCUUCUGAAAUACUAUCUUCCUCACCAUGCGGUUUUGAAGCCAAGCAGUUCUUCAACGAAGCUGAGAGUCGUUUUCGAUGCUUCUUCGAAGGGUAGAGGACCAUCCCUGAAUGACUCUCUGAUGAUAGGUCCAGUGGUACAAAAUGACCUAUUUUCGAUAAACCUUCGCUUCCGCAAGCAUCGUUAUGUGUUUACAGCUGAUGUUAGUAAGAUGUACAGACAAAUUAGAGUAGAUCGAAUCCAUACUCCUUUGCUCCGCAUCUUCUGGAGAGAAACCCCCGCCGAUCCAUUAGAAGUUCUCGAACUAACGACUGUUACUUACGGUACAUCUUCGGCUCCAUUUCUUGCAACGAGAGCCCUUCAACAGCUUGCUUUCGAUGAGAGUCCUCGGUAUCCACAAGCGGCUCAAAUUGUCAUCGAAAAUUUCUAUGUCGACGACGUUUUGACGGGAGCUGAAACCAUAGAAGAAGCAAUACAACUUCGCAUCGAGCUUACAGAGCUGCUCGCUUCUGGCGGAUUUCCAAUCCACAAAUGGUGUGCCAAUGAAGCUGCCAUUCUGGAGACAGUUCCAGAAAAGGAUAGAGAGAGAUUUUUGACGUUCGAAGAUUCAGAUAUCAACCAAGCCAUCAAAACCUUGGGUUUACUAUGGGAUCCUUCAGAGGAUGUACUGUGGUUCACCGUUUGGGGACCAACCAACAACGGACGAAGCUUUCGUUUCGGUUCAGUUUCAUCAAACGAACAGACGUCUGAACCGCACUCCAAACCCGGGGUUUCGGAUUGUGAUAUGGAAGUGGAUGUGUUAGAUAUGAGUGGGGCGAAUAGCGUGGGUCCGCAGGAUGAACACUUGCUUCCAGAGAUGUGCUUGGAAAAGCAUCCAUGA